AUGUCCACACAACAGCAACAACCCUCCCAACCCGAUCCUGGCCGCCCACACCUGAGACACGACCUCGACUCCUCCUCCCAUCAGCAAUUGCCCGUCAGACCGUCCUCUAAUUCUGCUCUUGCUUCUCCUCCUUCUUCUAUGCAAGACAAUCAUCAUCGACAUCAACGCCGAACGGCACUUGAAGAUUCAAAUUCCCUAAGGCAUCAACAUCAAGGCCCUAUGGAACACACUACCACAACACACAUACCACCACACCUACCUGGCAUAGAAUCAAUACCUUUAAGGAAAAGAGAAGGAGGAAACAACACUAUGGCGGGAAUGUUUGAUCAAGAGCAGCAACAGCAGCAGUUCACAAGAGACGGAAGGCCUCAACCUACACAUCACGGAGACAGUGGUUUCACAAGUGGCAACGCUUCGAUGUUUCCAAGUCCUCCACCUGAAGACCCGAGAGACGACGCCAUGCUCGGAUGGAAAAUGCAGUUUGGGUCCUCUGGAGGGAGUGCGGCCUCGGGAGCCGGUGACGGAGCCGACACGGCCUCAGAUUGGUUCAACGCUUUUAAUCGUGAUGUUGGAGGAAAUAAUUAUGCUACACUAGAUGACGAUCCUCCUUACUACCUCCCAAAUAAUGCCUACAAGAAGAGCGCCGUCGGCAGUAUUUCUCGAUACUCCCGUCUUAACAAAAUGUAUCCAAAUAGAAGUUCAAGAACUGGUAUGAAGCGUCUUCAUCCUGCCGGUUCGAUAGGACUCAUCGACAGUACAGAGGAAAGCAACAGCGAUAGCUUCCGAAGCGUCAUUGAUGACCUCACCAUCAAGAACCAAAAACUCAAGAAGCGUCUAAAGAAACUCGAAGGUCUCCAUGGCGGUGGUUUGGCCGAAGAGAAGUUGUUCGAGGUCCGAAUGCAUGGACUGCCAUUACACAAGAAGCAGGAGCUUGAACGUUUACUACAGGGAUUCGCUUCAACUCUUGACAGCGAUCAAUCACCCGUCUCAUCAUCAAAGAAAUCUCCGGAGACUUCUUUGAGCCCUAGCUUACCCUCAAUAAACCCUUCCACUUCAUCGCUCAACAUUGCCGACUCUGCAUAUGCUUCCAAUUCACGGUCUGGGACCACAUCGGUUGCACCAUCAUCCCAUGUCAAGACAAAGUCUCAUGUUGCUCGCUCUUCAUCGGCAAGCGACAAGAUGUCUGGUGGUAGUGUAAUGUCUUCCUCUCCACUAGCACCACCUACUUCGGAAAGGGCAAAGAUGAAGGAGGUUGUACGGAAGCUCGAACAACUAUUCACCGGCUUCAGGUCAAAGAACUCUGGAUCCACUCCCGAGAGCACCAAUUCUGAUCGUUCUGGUUCAAACGUUGGGAACGUCAUACCCGAGGAGGUUGUCUCGCAGUCAGAACCACACGCUAUCGGAUCGGACGCGGUUACGGACCAACGUCCCACCAGGCCCAAAGACCUCGAUCCCAAGCGUCUGACAAAGGCUGAAGACAACAUUGAAUAUCUUUCCAAUCUGACACACAGCGCAGUUGUAGGAAGCAGAGCCGAGGGAUUGGGAGAUGGAUGGUUCUACUUGAAUUUGAUAAUCAACAUGGCACAAUUGCACACCAUCAGCGUCACUGUUCCGUUCGUCAAGAAGGCUAUCAUGGCUACUAGUGAUAAGUUGGAAUUGUCUAUGGAUGGGAAGAUGGUACGGUGGAGAGGCGGUCUGGAAGCUACGAGGUUGAGUAGCGAGAGUUCAUCGGGGAGUGGGGUUGACAGUGCGAGUAUCACUAGUGAUGGAAGUCCUGAAGAUUGGGAUGGUAUGAGGAAAAGAUCACCAAAUGAUUCGGAUGGAAAUCCCAUGUCAAUUGAUCCAACAUCAAAAUCCGGAUCACGAGGAAGAGUGAGCUCAUCAAGCCGAAGGUUCCCAGCACUUUCCCCACAAAGCAUGAGCGACAAAUUUCACUACAAGCCCAUGUUUGCCCAAUCUCAAUCAUUUGACGACGACACUUCCAGCACUCUCAGCACCUCAAUGGGAUCUUAUCCACGUGGAAGUUCAGAUGAGGGGGGUAUGACAAGUGUGACAAAGAAGACAACUCCAUUGGACGGGCCAAUCAUCUACUACGAGGGCGGAAAAUUCUGCACGGACCUGACUACUCAAGUUGUAAGAGAUGGCAAAUAUCUCACGGGAUUUCCAUACGAGAGAUUCACAAACAACCCAAUUGGAGAGAAGCCGACACACGUGCCAUCAAGCCCAAACACCAAAAGGGAAAGCCCGCUAUUCUCAAAGGACACGCCACCGGCAAUGCCCUCGGACAAUGAUUCUAUGAAUAUCGAUUCUGACACUGAUGUGGGACUCCAAUUUUCACCGGAAUUUUCUUCGUGUAUCACCCAUACCCCCCCUCCGCCAAUGGAGUUGGAGGUCUCUGGAAUCGGUGGAGUGCUUCCGGAUGACAACUUUGCAAUUAACGUGCAAAAGAGGCAUUUUUUGCUCCCGCAAAAUGCCAACGGUGCACUGCCUUGUUCAAGGAAGAAGUUGUCCAAAUCGAGAAUUCUGAGGAAGAUCUCGCAUUCAAUCCCGAAAUCGUCGAUCGAUGUUUUCCAACAGAACGAGAACUUGGCCGAAUCGGGUGAGGAAUCAUCCGAUGAGGGAUCCGAGGACGAGAGCAACUCGAUUGUAGAUUCUGGAGACGAGCGCUCUGCCGAAUCAGAUGCCGAUGAUUCAGCAGACUCAGACUCGGAGUCUUCGGAACCAGCCGUUACCACAAACACCCGCCGAAAACUCCACCGUCAUAAGCUCAUGAACCCCGAGCUUGUGUCGGCACACAUCCUAAGGCUUGAACCUUCGCAACUUCCUCCUGCCAGCUACGGAUGUUGGGCACCUUCAGAUGAAACCUCUUCGGUUGAUACAGAUUCCGGUGCCGAGCCUCUCUCGAGCUCGGAAGGUUCUUACCUUCGCGCAAUGUUGGGGCAUGCAAGCAAUACCGACUGUUAUGGCAACUCAGGUGACGAUGAAGAUGAACUGAGCCAUGACAUCCUUGCCGCCAACGGAAUGAAAAUCUACCGACCUGCAGUACCCAGGACCGAAUCUGGCGAGGCUGGUUCAUCUGCCGCUACUGCUGGUGAUGCCAGUGGUUACUCAAGCCCUGCAGUGGUUCCCGUCAACGAGGCCAAUAUGAUCCAACCACCGACAAUGGGUAUCAUGGAUUUGGGUGGAGAUGACUGGGCUGACAGCCCGGAUAGUGGAACAAGUGGAGAUCAAUUCUCAUCCUCUGCUGGGGAUGAGGAGGAUGGUUUUGGGAUGUUGGGUGAUAGGCCAACACUGAAGAGGGGACGCUGUUCUGGGACCUCGCCAUCGGAAAGUGCUAUUGGGCUUGUCCGUAAGGCUAGGAAGAGCGAGAGGGGCAUCACGUUGGAUGAGGACGAUUACUGA